AUGGGGUUUCUUACGGAUCAUCCACACACCGCAAUUACCGAGACGAUCUUUCGGAUCGUCUCUUCAAGAGACUACACGCUGGAGGUGGAGCUAGCACCCUUGAUCCAGCUGAUCAAGGCUGACCACAACGACUACAACUACACUAUCAACCAGGAGGAGGCUGCUCGGGCGCUCAGAAAGAAGAUCAAGUAUGGAAACCGGCUACAACAGUCCAGGACGCUGGACCUCCUGGACCUGUUUAUUUCGCAGGGUGUCAAGUUCACCGUGAUGUACAACGAUGACAAGCUGCUGCAGAGGCUGCAGGGCAUGGCAACAAACUCCGAAACCAGCGGGUCCGGAGAAAAGUACGAAUCUCGGAUCAUCAAGAAGUGUGCCGGCUAUGUUGUUGCGUGGGCGAACUACAUUGUGCAGAAUGGUCUGGAGCGUGCCAGAGCCUAUGCGGGUCUUUACCAAAUGGGCCUGUUGGUCAAGCAGAAGUACUCAAAAACCAGCCGUUCCAGCCGUCGUAGUGGGCGUUCCGGUGGCCGCUCAAACUUCAUGGAUGAUAGUGCCGACGACACUUUGUACCAGUCCGGAUCACUAACCAGUGCCGAUAGGCUGUAUAGGAUUCCGCAGAUCAACAUGAACAAGGAGGCACCCAGGAUCAGGCUCAUCAUCAGUGAUGCUCUCGCGUCUGCUGUCUCCUUGCAAAACUCGCUGAUCGGGUUGCCCAAGGCUAAGUGCUCCACGGACGACGAAGAGGCUACGUCCAAGUUCAUCCAGGCCAGGGCCAUCAGGAGGAAAGUUCUUAGAUACCUGCAACUGGUCACCGAGGGCGAGUUUCUUGGUAGUUUGAUUCAUGCCAACGAUGAGUUGGUUGCUGCUUUGACUGCAUAUGACGAGAGAAGUGCUCAGGAUGACGCCGCCGACGAGGAUGACCAUGACUCGUACAACGAUGACGUUUACGAUGAAAACGAGCAGGACAACAGCAGGUACAUCGACAGCGACUCCUCGGAGGAGGAGAGCCUAUCCUCGUGUCAGCCCUCCAGCGCCUCAAACCCAUUCGGCGAUCAUAAUAAGAUUUAA